AUGGCUCUCCUGGCUCACACCCUGGCACUGCUGGCAAUGACCAUGGCCACGGUGGCCAUCAAGGUGGUGCCCCUGGACAUGGCCCAGGACUCCUUCGAUGACCAGUACUGGGGCUGCGGCCCUGCCAUGACCAAGGCAUUGCCAGCACUCUACAAAUUUGAGUUUCAGAAGAAUCCUCUCUUUGCCAAGACCUGGGUGAAGGCUGAGGCUGAGUGGCACAAGCGGGGCUCCCCUGUGUCCCCUCUGGCGUCCCCCAAGCAGGCCAUCGCUGUCAUGGCCUACACAAUGAAGUACCUAUACAAGGAGUUCAACGCAGCCGUGCACGUGGCUGGGCGCUCACACCAGGAAUACAGAAACAACUUCCACUUCAAAACGCUGCAUUUCCUGCUGACCCAGGCCCUGGUGACACUGAGGCAUGCUCAGAACGGGCAGUGUCGCCACGUGUUCCGGGGCGUGCGUGACGUUCAUUUCAAGGCACGACCAGGCCAGAGGGUCCGGUUUGGUCAGUUCACAUCGACGUCGCUGAGCAAAGAAGUUGCCCAGCAUUAUGGGACAGACACGAUUCUCCAGCUUCACACGUGCCAUGGUGUGGACAUCCAUGCUUUUUCCUAUGAUCCUAGCAGCCGAGAGGUGUUGAUCCCACCAUAUGAGACCUUUCAGGUCACCCAAGUCAUCUGGGAUGGGAAGAGGACAUGGAUGUGGCUCCGCUCUGCCGGGACCUUCAGCAAAUACAACUGCGAAUGGCACCACUGA